GUCAAAUGUAAUCGUACUGCCUAGUAACGGAGAAAAAAAGCUGUGCUCUAUUCCAUUAAUAAAUCCGCAAAUAGCCUAUUACAGCUCUCCCAUGCAUGAAAUACACAAAGAGACAAAGAACCAAUUGUAGAAGAACAGGCUUGGGCUCACCAUGGCAGUCACACAUCUGAUGUUUGUCCUGAUCCUCUUCGCUGUUCAAUGUCUCAGCCUCUCACACAGUCAGGACGACCUCACAGUCCUCACAGAGAAGGGAAAGGUUCAAGGGACGCGGGUCCCAGUGCCGGGAGGAUCCGUCGUAGCCUUCCUUGGGAUCCCAUACGCUGAGCCUCCGGUGGGGGACCUUCGCUUCAGAAGACCUGUGCCCCGGAAGGCCUGGUCAGGGGUUUGGGAAGCAAAUGAGUUCUCCAGUACUUGUCACCAGCACAGGGACAACAUGUUCCCAGGGUUCCCCGGGGCAGAGAUGUGGAACCCCAACACCAGGCUGAGCGAGGACUGCCUGUACUUGAACGUGUGGGUGCCCUCCCCCACGCCGCACGCCGCUCCCGUCAUGGCGUGGAUCUACGGGGGCGGCUUCUCCACGGGCACCGCCUCUCUCGAGGUGUACGACGGGCGGUUCCUGAGCCAUGCCGAAGGAGUCCUGGUGGUGUCCUUCAACUACAGGCUGGGGCCGUUCGGUUUCCUGGCAUUACCCGGCAGCCAGGGGGUCUCCGGCAAUGCAGGGCUGUUUGACCAGAGGAUGGUGCUGCAGUGGAUCAGGGACAACAUCGCCGCCUUUGGAGGCGACCCGCAAGCCGUCACGUUGUUUGGGGAGAGUGCCGGCGCCGCUUGUGUGAACUUCCAUGUCCUGUCCCCGGGGAGUCACCCCCUGUUCACCCGGGCCAUUCUGCAGAGCGGCAGCGUCAACGCUCCCUGGGCGGCUGUCUCGGAGGGAGAGGCCUGGAAUAGAUCCCUCACCCUGGCCCGGCUGCUAGACUGUGAGAGCGAGAGCAUGCCCAGCAUCGAGGCCUGCCUCCGCACGGCACAGCCAGAGGCGAUAGUGAGUCAGCAGUACAACGUCCUGAAAGAAUCGGGCGUGGGAUUGACCUUCAAACCCAGCGUGGAUGGCGACUUCCUCACCGACCUCCCCAGCGUUCUGAUCCAGUCUGGCCAGUUUAAAAAAACUGAACUCUUAUUGGGUGUGAACAAAGACGAGGGGACGUACUUCCUUGUGUACGGGACUCCGGGAUUCAGCAUUGAGCACGAGAGCCUCAUCACCAGAGACGACCUCCUGCAGGGGGUUGGACUGUUCUUCCCGGGGCUCAGUGACAUCGCCCGGGAUGCGGUGGUCUUUUAUUACACAGACUGGGCCGACGAAUUUAAUGGAACGAAAAACCGCGACGCCCUCAGCCACAUUGUCGGGGAUUACUCCUUCACAUGCCCCGUGCUGGAGUUCGCACAGAGGUUUGUCAGCUUUGGGCACGAGGCCUACCUGUACUUCUUUGACCACCGAUCCUCCAGGAACGCCUGGCCACCAUGGAUGGGCGUGAUGCACGGAUAUGAGAUUGAGUUUGUCUUCGGCCUGCCGCUCAACCGGAGCCUGGGGUACACUGAGGAGGAAGAGGCCAUGAGCAGGAAGAUCAUGAAGCACUGGGCCAACUUUGCCAGAACUGGGAACCCGAAUGUACCAGGGUCGGCGACUUGGCCUGUGUUCAGUGCCGGGACUCAGGAGUACAUUUCACUGAAUUCAGACUCCCCUCGAACCGACAGAAAACUGAAAGCCAUGCAGUGCAAAUUCUGGGACAGCUUUCUCCCUAAACUCCAGGACAUGACCGUGAGUAUUGAUAAAGCGGAGCUGCAGUGGAAGACCCAGUUCCAUCGCUGGCUCUCUUACAUGCUGGAUUGGAAAAAUCAAUUUAAUGACCAUAGCCUGAAAAAGAACCAAUGUGGUAUACUUUAACUUUGUGUUUGUUCGAGUGCAAGUUUUAAGUGUUUCACUUCAUAUAACAGCAUAAUUCAAUUUAUCUGCAAACAAACUGGGGAAUUACAUACUUACAUAAAUCUUGAUGAUAAUGUAUAUAUCACUUAUUUUAUACUAUUGGGUAAAAUGUUGUGUUUUAAACCUCAGAAAUGCACCCUCCACUGACAUGCAUGUUUUAACAUAUUUUCUCUGAAGUCCCAUACCAUAUACAAUAGUACCAUUUUGAAAAACACUGCAAAGCAUAUUAUGUUGAAAAGUAUAUUUUCAUAGCUCAAUUUGUGAGGUUGCCACUUAUGUUUUGUUGAUUGUGCUGUCUGUUUUUUUUUUUUGCUUGAUUUCUUAAAUUGUUUUGUUUUUUUUGUAAUGCAAUGCCAAUAUUUGUGUAAGCUACAAAGUAGCGAUUGAAUUCUGAUCUAUCAGAUCUUUUGAAAUGGGUAAUUACUAAAAAGGGAAACACUUUAAAGGUAUGUUUAAAUUCAGUUCAAAAUGUUAACACGCAUUUGGGGAAUGAUUCAAUGGGUAGUUGCUAAAAAGGGAAAUGGUAUAAUGGUACAUUUAAAUUAAUUUAAAAAUGUACUUCACACACAUUUGGGAAAUGAUUCAGGAGAUGUAGCUUAGGUAAGGUAAACUUUGCACACUAACUGAAGAUGCUCUCCAAUAUCUUAUGACUAAGUAUGUUUGUCUCCAAAAUGAAGUUGGAUUGCACAGACACUAACAUUACAGAAAGUAUCAUGUCGACAACUUGGUAAGUUAGCAAACAGGAAAGCUGGUGAGGAAAGUUUACCGGAUUUGAUUACUGUCCAAACAGAGAAACGGAACAAAAGCCAAAUACAGAAUGCAGACUGUUAAAUUGUUACCACAAAGUACUUUCAGUUAUUUGGCUGAGUAUAUGUGUCCAACAAUAUACAGGUAAAUGUAUCCUAGCUUUAUUUAUGUUGUAGUGCUAACCAGAUACCUAACCUAACAGUAUGUUAACAAUUUAAUUAAUUAAUGUAAUAUUAAAACAUGACAUACUGUAGGCUAUACUGUUUUACAUAGCUAUUUUACAGCCUGACUAUAUUUUCUUUAUUAGUUGGAUGAGAAUUAAAAUUCAACAGAUUCAUAACUUUCUCACUAUGGCCUAUAGCUCUCCGUAUCGUUAUCUAAAGUAAGCUCUAGAAUUAUUGGCACCCUUAAUCAAAAUGGAGAAAAAAGGCUGCAUUUAUUAAACAACAUUCAUAAUGAUGUAUAUUUUCUGUUCAAACAAAUUUAUUUAUUUCAAUACAUUUACUCUCACGUUUCAAUGUUUUUUAUUUAGUAAUCAAAUUUUUUCUAAAAAAACACAGGUGCCAAAAUCAUUGGCACCCUUAACAAUUAAAUAAAGUCAAACAAGUUAAAUUGGCAAUAGUGUGUCAUUGCAUCACUUCCUAUUUUACUAGAGUAUACAAAUGAAUGUAUACAGAUAACAAGCAUGCAAAAUCCCUUUGUCAACCAUCCGUAUGGGAA